GUCGCUGGGGCUGCCCCUGGGCCCUCUCAGGCCACGCUGGGCGCCUUUUCCGACGUGCUCAUCCGCUGCGAGGUGUCCCGCGUGCUGCUCCUCCUGUUGCUGCAGCCACCACCCGCCAAGCUGCUACCGGAGCACGCCCAGACCCUGGAGAAGUACUCCUGGGAGACUGUCGACAGCCACGGGCAGGAGAGCUGCGGCCAGCUCCCGGAGAAGCUCUUUCUGCUGCUUCAGUCCUUGGUCAUGGCUACUCAUGAGAAGGACACGGAAGCCGUCAAGUCGCUGCAGGUGGAGAUGUGGCCUCU